GGGCGGAAGCGGCGUCAGGCGGGGCGGAAGUCGGGUGGAGAAAGGGCGGAAGCGGCGUCAGGCGGAGCGGAAGUCCCCGGUCUCCAGGCCGGCUUAGGGUCUCGCCGCCACCAUGGAGCUGAGGGCCGAGGCGCUCCGGGAGAAGCUGCUGCGAGAGUUAGAGGCGGAACACGUGGAGGUGGAGGACACCACCCCCGACCGCUGCGCCUCCAGCUUCCGCGUCCUCGUCGUCUCCGCCAAGUUCCAGGGGAAGCCGCUGCUGCAGAGACACCGGCUGGUGAACUCGUGUCUCGCCGAGGAGCUGCCCCAUAUCCACGCCUUCGAGCAGAAAACUCUGACCCCAGAGCAGUGGGACAAGGAGCGACAGAAAUGAUGGAGCCCGUGAGGGGCCGUGGCGGCGGAUGCGGAUUCUUAGCGGGCUGAAUGUGGACUGGGGAAAGCUGGAAGUCUCCAGGUCGUGGCCUCUCGCCUCCUGUAGGAGUGGAGGCGGGGAUGGACCGGGACAGUGUUACGUUAUUUAUCCUUACACGAAAACCUGACUACCUGAUCAACCAGCUCUCUACGGUCUAUUAAACCUGAAACGGGGCUGUGGA